AUGUCGUCGUCUGAAUCGUCGUCUUUAAACGUAAAGUCCGUCAUCGAAUAUCACGGAGAGUAUUCUAAAACGCGCUGCGGAUACUGCAAAAACUCAUCAUCAUCAUCAUCCUCUUCGUCGAUUUCAACCGGUUUCGUGGCGCAUUUCUUAACCGUUUUCGAUUACGAAAGAUGCAUCAACAACGGGUGGAGACGAAGCGGGAGGUGGGUGUACCACCCGACGCCGAUCGAGAGCAACUGUUGCGUGCUGUGCACGAUUCGAUUGAACGUGGAAAGGUUUCAAAAGACGUCGAAACAGAAGAGAGUGGAGAGAAAGUUUGAGAGAUAUUUAGAGACGGGUUUUGAGACUUCGUCAUCAUCAACAUCAACGUAUCAUCAUCAUCAUCAUCGACAAAACGGCGGCGAUAAAAACGAAAAAGAAGAUAAUGACGAUGAUGAUGAAAUUAGAGUGUUCUUGAACCAGCGCGUGUUAGACGCCAUCGAGAAAUCAGUCUCUUUUGUUGAUUGCGACAAAGAUAUUUUCAACAACGAGAAAAAACUACUGGUACAGAAAACGACGAACAAAGAAGCGUUGGAAAGAGGAUCAAAAUAUACCUCCUCGGCGUGUUUAAUAAUCGCAGGAAAACUGAAAAAAGAUCGAGAGGAAGUCGUCGCGAAGGUUUUGAAGCGAUUGACGGAGGAACAGAAUGAAACGAAACACUUCAGAGUGGAAGCGCGAGGCGGCUUUCUCAAUUUUUUUCCCUCCUCCUCGGAAGGAAAUUCUGAAAAGACGAAAAUAAAACCAUCGCGGGGGAUGCCAACGAAGAAGAAGGAAAAGAAAGACGACCACCCAACGUUGAAGCCACAGAAGAAGAAAACAACGAGCAAACACAAAAUGUUCACCGUCACGGUUGAAAACUCAGAAUUUAGACGGGAAGAUUUCGAAUUAUGGCAAAGAUACCAGGCGAAAAUUCACAACGAUCCGCCUUCAAAGUUGAAGAAGAGUUCGUAUGUUAAUUUUUUAUGCGACACGCCGUUAGUUUCAGACGACAAAACGUACGGGUCGAAACAUUUUCGAUAUUUUAUCGACGAUAAACUCGUAGCCGUCGGCGUUUGCGAUGUCUUACCGACCGCCCUGAGCUCGGUAUACUUUUAUCACGAUCCGGAUUUAAUGAAACUCGAGUUGGGAAAGUUGAGCGCGUUGUACGAAAUCGAUUUUGUCUCCAAGAAUCGCAACACGGCAAAGUAUUCCUUGGGUGAUUUCAAAUACUACUACAUGGGUUAUUACAUCCACGAUUGCCAAAAGAUGCGCUAUAAAGGCGAGUAUAAACCGAGCGAGUUAAGAUGUCCGACGACUGGGAAGUGGGUCAGUUUAGACGAUCGAAAAACGCUCGAAAAGUUAGACGCGCAUUCCUUCAAGAUAGUCAGCGACGUGGACGAGGAAAAAGUUUCGAUGAAGGAAGAAAAAGAUGAAUUUGAAGAAUCAUCACUUGGUAACCAAAUCGUUGGCGUUAUACAAAACGGGCAAUACUUAGGUCCCACGCGAAUAAUGGAGAAUGGCGCUCCCAUUUAUCACGUGUUAAACGCCUCCAACUCGGGGCAGAAAAAAUUGCGCAUGAUAAAACAGUUUCGAAGAGACAUCGGAGGCGGCAAGAACGAGUUCGUUUACCUCGUCGAUGUCACGUCUUCUCGUUUCUCUUCGUCGGGUGAUAGUGAAGACGAUGAUGAUGACGAUGAUGAAGAUGAGUUGCUCGUCGCAUCGCCGUCCUCUUCAGACGCAAUGAGUGUGUAG